AAAAAAAGAGCAAAAAAAGAGAAAGAGAAAGAUAGGGUGGACAAAAAAAUUGGUGUUCUUCUCUCUCUCUUACUUACAUAGUCCGGGACAAAAUCUGAUGUGAUUCUGGAAUUUUCUUGUUUGUUCCGUGGUGUAUAUCUUCGAAAGGGAUCCUUUUCGUUCAAGGACGGUGUACCAAAAAUAAGAUUAAUCGAUCGAUAAAUAGAUACAUUUAAACUGAUAUAUUAUUACGAUUGAAUGAAAAUAAGUGAUUUGUUGAUGAAUUAUUUUAAAGAGAAGUGAGAGAAAAGAGAGUGGAAGAUAUAUUAACGUUUCUUCCUGCCGGGCAACAGCAGCCGGGAGCAUCAGGGUGAAGAGGUGGGAGCCAUGCCGCCCGGGCUGAACUUCCCUCGAGGCAACCAGCAGGAUCGUCGAGCUACCGCCUUCCUGUCCUUCGAGACUACCAGCUGUGGUUUCUGAUCGCCUCCAUUGAGGUGAGAAGCUGUGGAUUGUCGUGGUAUACUUUCGGCCCCAGGAGUGGCCCGGGGGUGGUUACCCUGGGGACCUCGUCGGGGAAGAGAUUGGACUGGAAGGAGAGGAAGUGGCUGAGGAAGCAAAAAAAGAAGAAGAAGAAGGGGAAGAAGAAAACGAGGAGUGGAGGAGGAGAGCGCUAUGAACGCCAGCGUCAACAUCGAGAGGAACUCCUGGCGGCUGCCUCCCGACGAGACCGUCCAGGUCGCUGAUCCCCGAUCGAAAUCAGCACAGGUAAAAGAGGAUCUGACGUACGCCGAGGGCGGUCACAAUUGGCGAAGCAUAGUUUUUUCUCUUCUUGUCAUCGGCUUCGUUAUCGCCGGGAUCGUCACGGCUAUUUACCUUCUGGGGUACGUUGAUGAGCUUCUUUAUUGGAGUGGAAGGCGUCUUACGCUGGACGAGUGCCUUCGUGAUGACCUGACACCUCAUAGGUUACCACCAGCUUGGGUAUCCCAUGACAAAUUCGUCUACCAAGCGGAUGAUGGUUCACUCACUCUCCUAGACACCAGUAACAACACUGUGUCCCUUUUGGUCUCUAAUCACACGCUCAGGCAGCUGAACGUCCAAGGCUACCAAUGCAGCUCAGAUUUGCGUUACGUAUUGUUCAAGCACAAUGUCAAGCCGGUAUUCAAAAACACCUUCACCGCUCACUACACAGUCUACGACGUUACGAACGACCAUCAUACACCCCUUCGUCUCCAUGCCUCGAGAAGGGUACAACCGUCGAGACUUCAGCACGCUACUUGGUUGGGUAAUACAACGGGUCUCGUGAUGAUCUCGGACAACGAUAUUUAUCUUAGGAUAGCUCCAUCAGCGAUGGAAGAUACACGACUGACGGAUACGGGUGUUCCUGACGUUAUAUAUAAUGGUGUACCUGAUUGGUUAUAUCAAGAAGAAGUGUUGCCUAGACCAGAAGCAACGUGGCCGAGUCCUGAUGGCACGCAUAUCCUUUUUGCUUCGUUCAACGACACCAAAGUUACAGCCUUGCAAUUCCCUUGGUUUGGUACUCAAUCAGGUCAAGAAGGAUCUGCGUCAACUCCACUCGGAGCACCUCGACGUGCCACCUUUCCACCAUAUAAAUCCAUAAGAUACCCAACCCCUGGUUCAUCCAAUCCCGAAGUCGAUUUGUGGUUAGUAGAAGUGAACAACACAAGUAAUUCGACUAAUGGAACUACUAGUCCGCCGGCUUGCACGAAGACUAAACUUGAGCCACCACCUGUCUUGGAUGGACAAGAAUACUAUCUGAUAUCGGCCGGAUGGGUUGGUGUUGACGCGUCUCAAAUUGCAGUGGUCUGGAUGACCAGAUCUCAAAAUCUGUCACUAGUUUCGGCGUGUCGUGCACCUCUCUGGAAGUGCGAGGAAACCCAUUCGGAGAGGGCACCGGAGGGUCAAUGGUUGGACGCCCAACCGCAUCCAAUUUUCGCUCCAGACGGUGAUAGUUUCCUGCUGCUUGCGACUGUCCAGGAAGGUGACAAGGAACAUUUCACGCACAUAAAGCACGUUACGUUAACGCAGCAGAGGAUAGCUGUUUUAUCCCAUGGUCGUUACGAGGUGAGCGAGAUCCUAGCGUGGGACACCAAAGCUCACCUGGUAUACUAUCUGGGUACCAGGGAACGAAGACCUGGACAAAGGCAUCUUUACGUGGUACGAGAUCCAACUGCCGAUGAUCCUCGUCGUUUGGAGCCUUUAUGCGUUACUUGUGACCUUGGUGAGGUUCUCUGGAGUAGUAGAUUUUAUUACACAAAUUGCACUCACUUCGGUGCCUCCGUAAGUCCUGCGAAAACCGUCGACACACAGGGUUACUAUGUGCUUUAUUGCGAAGGUCCUGGCUUGCCGUUAGCCGCUGUGCACAUGAUGUCAUCUCAUAAAAUGAUACGCGUACUCUAUGACACGCGUAUUCAACGUGCCGAUAAACUUUCGCAGCUGGCGUUGCCGACGAGAAGGAGUUUCGAGGUGCCGUUGCCUCAAGGUUGGAAGGCGCAGGUGCAGUUGCUCCUGCCACCUUCCUGGCGUGAGGAAUUGAGAGACGCAGCAUUUCCAGUAUUGGUCGAGGUCAAUGGUCGGCCUGGAAGUGAAGCAGUAACUGAUAGAUUUAAAAUAGACUGGGGUACAUAUAUGUCGAGUCACAACGAUGUGGUUUACGUUAGACUCGAUGUUCGUGGUGCGAGGGGACAGGGGAAAAAGGAUCUUUUCCGUAAAAUCGGAGGUGUUGAGGUUCAAGAUCAGCUGACGGUUCUUAGGCAUCUUUUAAAGACGCACAAAUAUUUGGACGACACCAGAGUUGGUGUUUGGGGAUGGGGUUACGGUGGUUACGUUACUGCCAUGGUAUUAGGAAGUCAAGAAAAUGUCUUCAAAUGUGGUGUCGCCGUCAAUCCAAUUGCCGAUUGGCUCUAUUACAAUUCGGCCUUUACGGAGCGAGUUCUCGGUGCACCAGCUGAGAACUAUAAGGGUUACGUAGAGGCUGAUUUGACUCAAAGAGCGAGAUUAGUGCCGAGUCAUAGUCUUUAUCUUCUUCAUGGUCUAGCAGACCUAACAGCGCCUUAUACGCAUGGCGUUGCCUUUGCCAAGGCUUUGUCUGAAGCGGGAGUCAUCUUUAGGUACCAGAGUUAUGCGGACGAGGAUCACGCUUUAACAGGUGUGCUCGAACACGCUUAUCGUUCUAUGGAGGACUUUCUCGCCGAGUGCCUCGCCUUGGAUGCCUCCUAGUGCCUCAAGCCGAAUACUCCCUUGUUGUCGUUAGUGCGCCUACUUCUAAUAAAUCCAAGGAUAAACAUUAAAAUGCGAUCAACCUGGCGAUUAGAAGAUGAUCGUGCUGAAGAAAGAAGCUUCGAAAGCUCGCGAACGUACAACGGUUUAUCGUUCGAAAAUAAUAAUAAUAAUAAUAAUAAUAAUAGUAAUAAUAAUAAAAUUAAUAAUAAUAAUAAUAAUA